CUAACGGCCGCCCUCGCUGUGCGGAGCGGGGUGUUUUAUUUUCUCCACCAUACCUGUUAAUUAAACCGUACAUGAGGGAUUGUUUAUUACAAACACAAUUACAGUGUGAAAGGCUAGUUGUUAACACAACGGUGCCGUGUUUAAAGAGCUCCGGUCGGCAAGGUGAAUUGCAGCCAGGGCUUGUUAGUACUUAGCGGGAUGUUGCUAACGCUGUUAGCUUACGUUCGGGGCAGUAACUCAUUGUUAGUUUAUUGUUGCCAAUGUAACCUCGGUGCUCAAGUGAUUAUGCACGUAACAGCAAACAUUUAAGAUAACCAAUUUAUUCGAUGAUUUACUAAAAGUAUUUCUUAUUGAUCGGUGGUUAGCUCGUUAACUUCGCUCCCUCGCGUUGUGGGCCUUGUUGCCGACUAGCACGACCCGGCUAUUAGCAUGGUUACGAGUCAAUAACCCUGCAGGUUUUUACGUACUUGGGAGUUUUGUCUAAUACUGUACAUACAAUAAAAUCUCACAAUGGAUACACCUGAAAGCCCUACCCAGUCGUCUCAGUCUCCUGUGGAGAAGGAUCUUACUGACAGUGAGCUCUUGGAUUCGCCUGAGGAAGAGGAUAGGGUCAUUUCAGACAGCGAAAUACUCUAUGAAGAGAAUGGAGAAGUGGCUGAGGCGGAUGAGGAGGAGGAUACAAUGGAAAUAAGAGCAGGAGGUCUGACAUUACAAGAAGAGGGAGGAGAUGAUGAUGAGGUUGUACCUGACUUUGUUUCCGAGGAUGAGGAACCUGUAGCUGAAACUUCUGUAAUGGGGCAGGAGAAUGAGACCAUUGUGUUGAUGGAAGGGGAUGAUGAUGAUGAUGACGACGAUGAUGAUGAUGAUGAUGAUGAUGAUGAUGAUGGAGCACAAGCUGGUGAGUUGGAUGGAGAGGAGGAGGUGGAAGGAGAGGAGGUAGAUGAUCAAGUAAUUUACACCCCUCAGUCUCCAGACUCCGAGCCAGAACAAGGCAGGAACGUCCUAACUAAGGAAGACAGAGAUGUAUCAGAAGCAUAUGGAAACUGCAAAACUGCAUCAGGAGACACUGGUGUCAAGGUGGCAGAGGUGGUGGAGGAGGAGGAAGAUGAACAGGUUAACAGCACUGCAGAUGAGGAAGACAUUUUGAGUCCUCGAGGGGGGAGAGCUGCUGUCGUGAGAGAGAUUAAGGAAGACUCUGCUUCAGUUUCUCGAGAGCUGGAUGAACAUGAACUGGAUUAUGAUGAGGAGGUCCCAGAGGAGCCCAACAUCCCAACACAUGAGGAUGAGGAAGAUGAUGCAAAAGCGUUAGAAGAGGAGAACAGUGAUGAAAAGAUUUUAAAGAAGAACGAGAAGAAACCUAUCCUUCCCCCGUCUCCCAAAGAUGGGGAAACUAGAAAGACGGAAGACUUCAAAGUGCGCCGAGAUGCAUUCAGAGACAAGAGGAAAGACGAGGAUGAUGGAGAGAUUGAUGAAGGCGAAAUUGAUGAUGAUGAUUUGGAGGAGGGGGAGGUGAAAGAUCCCACAGAUAGGAAGAUCCGACCACGUCCUAUUUGCAGGUUCUUCAUCAAAGGAAAUUGUACUUGGGGUAUGAACUGUCGGUUUAUCCACCCUGGCGUCAAUGACAAGGGGAACUAUUCCCUCAUCAGUAAGCCAGACCUCUUUUCACCUAAUGGAGCACAACCUGGAGGACCCCCCCCACUUCUACCCAACAACCCCUGGGCUGCCCCUGCUGUAGAGGAGCUCCCUCCACCUCCUCCUCCUGUCGAACCUCCUGUGGAAAGUGCGUGGGAGAGAGGCCUCAGGCAUGCCAAAGAGAUGUUGAAGAAGGCCACCAUCCGUAAGGAGCAAGAGCCAGACUUUGAGGAGAAGCGUUUUAAUGUGACUAUUGGAGAGGAUGAGAGAGAAUUUGACAAGGAAAAUGAUUUCUUCAGGGAACGCAGCUAUCGCAUCAUCAGAGAGGAAAUGGACUUACGUGAGCCAAUAUAUGGUGAUGCAUAUGCUGAACCGUACUAUGAUUAUGAAAUGGAGGCCCUAUGGCGAGGUGGGCAGUAUGAAAACUUCAGAGUGCAGUAUACAGAGGCGCCUCUUCCUUACCAUUAUAGUGAGCGUGAACGAGAAAGGGACCCUCGAGAGCGGCACCGAGAUCGAGAGCGGGAGAGAGAUCACCGUGAAAGGGAGCGCCGACAGAGGGAACGAGAGCGGGAGAGAGAGAGAGAGAGGGAGAAAGAGAGAUUGAGGCGGAAAGAGGAGUGGGAGAGAGACAGGAUGAAGCGUGAUGACAAGGAGAGGCCGAAGAUGCGUCCUCCUCGAGAUAUCCGAGAGAAGAAAGAUGAGAACAAAGUCAAACCGCAAUCACCUUUAAUUCUGCCACCCAACAGACCAUUGGAAACGCCCACAAAGAAAGAUCUUGUUCCAGUAAUGAGACAACCAGAUGAAUGGAAGGACCCCUGGCGUCGAUCAAAAUCCCCCCGGAGAAGAUCUGGAAUGGGUUCCCCACCACGAGGUCGUCGAAGAAAUCGUCAUUCGGGUUCUUCUGUUUCUCUGUCAAACUCUUCCAGGUCUUCAUCUCACUCAUCCUCCUACACAGGCUCUGGGUCAUCUCGUUCCCGCAGCCGCUCCUCCUCAUUCAGCUCCUACUCCAGCCACUCCUCCCAUCGCAGCUCGUUCAGUGGGAGCCGCUCUCGGUCAAAAUCAUUCUCCACAUCUCCCUCGCCAACUCCAGCUGCACCAAGGAAUGCCAAAAACAAACCAGACCUUCCUCCAGUGCUUGCUAAAGGAUUGCCAUUGAAGCAAGCUACUGCGCCGCCUCCACGCAGGGAUAAGCCCCCCACAAAGAAAGCUCAGAGUCCGCCACCUGGUGGAGCAGUUGGCAGGCCUGUAAAGCCGUUGCCAGAGGGAGGAAAGCCUCCCACCAAUCUUCGGGAGUCCGGGGGGAUGGUUAUUGGUGGAAGUGGUGGAAUGGGUAGACAUCUUCCUUCACGGGAACCUGUUAAACCUCCCAACCAAAGGGAAGGAAGGCAGAAAGAACCGCAGCAACAUCCUCCUAGGAGGCGGACAGUAAGUGGGAGUGUUAGUGGAAGUGGUAGCAGUUACUCUGGCUCAAGCUCUCGGUCCAGGUCCUCUUCAAACUCCCUGUCACAUUCACGGUCCGGAUCCAGAAAAUCCAGAAAAUCCAGGUCUCUGAGUGUGAGCAGUGUGUCAUCUGUGUCGUCAGCGUCUUCAAGCAGCAGUUCCGUGCGCAGUGCAGACUCUGAUGACAUGUAUGCUGACCUAGCAAGCCCAGUGUCUUCGGCCAGCACUCGUUCCCCCACACCAGGUCAGCCUCGUAAAGAGCGAGGAGGGCCGCCCCGGGACCGACCCCCACAGAACAGAGACAAGAACAGGAAUCAGUGUGCAGAGAGACCCUUAAAGAAAGAUGAACCCGUAAGGGAAGAUCGCAGAAAGGUGAACCCAUCUGUUGGUCCACCAAGAGGAGGCAACCUAAUGCCCAGGCCAGUCCCUGGAAGUAGAGGUGGUCACCCUGCACACCACCCUGCACACCACCCUGCACACCACCCUGCACAUCACCCUGCACAUCACCCUGCACACCACCUUGCUGGUACUAUGCCGCCCCCAGGAAGCUAUGGAGGCUCAGGUUCCCAUAAAGACAUCAAACUCACGCUUCUAAACAAGCAGGGUGAUAAGGGCAGUAGAAAGAGGUACCUCCCCUCUGACAACCGUCCUGGUUCCCCCCUCAGCAAGAGAAUGGCCAUGUCUCCGGACCGAGCUCGUGAUAAGAGGAUACCGGGACGACCCCCACUCUCUCCUCGAAUGGAUCGACACAGAGGCCAAGCAGCCCGGCCAAUGCCACCCCAGGGAGACAGAAAACGUCCCCUGUCACCACCCCCAAAAUCAUCUGGAAAAGGGCCUUCAGUGCAGUCUGGUAAGCCUGAAACUCCUGGCUCUGCUCCAGCUGCUAGUUCUAGCUCCGGCUCCAGCAAACCCAGCAACACACUGUCUCGCCGCGAGGAGCUCCUAAAACAGCUGAAGGCCGUAGAAGAUGCCAUUGCUCGUAAAAGAGCAAAGAUCCCCGGCAAAUAAGCACGAGUGCACUCCUCGUCUGUUCAUCUGGCCGCCAGUCCACCCGACUGCACAGCAUCGAGAACCAAGGCAACUUGCAGGUCGGAACUAUUCCCAGUGACUCCUGCUUUAGUCUGCUGCCUCCAAUGGACAUGCACAAAUGCUGUAUGGUUCUUGUGUACAUUGUGUAAGUGAACAAGUGGCCUCCACAAGAGUUGUCCUCUGAUUGAGAGUUUCAUCUUAGAGCAUUUUCACUCCCUUACGCCCACAUUCUGCUGAGUUGCUCGUGGUUUACAAACACGACGGAACAUGCUGGGAAGGAGGAAUUUCUCCGGGCUGAGAACUUCUUUGUCUAUUGACUAUUGAGAAACAGAAGGUUUGUUUGAUCACACUGGUCUGUCAGUGAAAAAGAGAGAGAAUCAUGUAUAUGUUGUCCACCUGAUGACUUGCAGAUUUCUACAUAUUUCGCCACCAAAUUUGUCUGCCCCCGUCAAUUGUUUCCUUCUGCCAGAUCUAUUUUGUUUUCUGUAUGACGUGUUGCUUCAGUGAACCGAGUCUGCAGGGCUUCCCAUUCCUUUGGAACAAUCUGCAAUCCAUUGCAAGUCUCUAGUGCGCCAUUGAAAGUGAUGGUACAGCUUGUAUAUUAAACUAACUUUUUGACACACUGUCACCACUUGUACAAUACGAGCAAGUCAUCAGGUGCUCUCUAGAGAAUUACAUACAGCAGUGAUAAAGUUUGUUUUUUUUUAACAUAAAGCUACAGCAUUUUAUUUUCUUGUUAGCUCUUCUCAAGUUAUAAACCAAUGUUUUAUUUGUGUCAUUUGUAGUUGGGGGGAGAGCGAGGUUGUAAUGGGGGAUAUUUAGAGACACAAAAUCCUGCUUUUGUGACAAAAGCCUUCUAAAUAAACUAUUUUGAUAAAGAGCACUGUUCCCAUUUUUGUCAAGGGCAUAAAAUCAGGGCCACACUUUGUGUAAGGGGGUGCUUUCUCUCUGCAAAUGUCCAAAGGAUGUGCAUCGCUGGCGUAAGGCACAUGCACCAAACUCAACUCUGCUUAGGUCUCCAGUUUGCCCUAAAAUACAAGCGGGGUGCACAGUUCCACACAAAGUGAUUCAUAUAUGUCGAUGUGCGUUCUGGUGGAUUAGAAAGUGAACUCUCUUAAAACGUUUUUCUGUUGUAAAAACAUGAAACUAAGAAAUUAUUUCCAAAAUCCAAAGCAAACUGUACAAGUCAACAAACAUUAAAAUCACAUCAUGAAUGUAAAAUUAGCUGGUUGUGCUCAGGUGCCUACAAAAAUAGUUCCAAGUGCUGCUUUAAUUACCACCUUGUCUACACAUCUUUGUUUUGUUCAAGUCCCUCUGCCUGAGCUAUUUAAGCAUGACAUUAUAGCCUAUUUAAAGCCAGCUAAUUAAAACGCAUGCUGUGUGAGAUGAUUUUAUUCGUCAUGGCCAUUGGUUUCCUGCCGCCAAUCAAAGAGCCUGCACAGCACACGUGACACUAUUGCACAAGCACUGAAUAUGAGCUGACUGACAGGCAACUGAUUGCGUCACGAUU